AUGGAGGCACUAGAGAGAAUUCAACCAAACAGGCAAGUAGUAGUCUUUAUUUUAAUGGUGUUCUUGUCUCAAACUCGCUCAGAGCCCAUUCGUUAUUCUAUGCUGGAAGAAACAGAGAGUGGCUCCUUUAUAGCUAAUCUGGCCAAAGACCUGGGCCUGGGAACUGGGGAACUGGCCGCCCGGUCCGCCCGGGUGGUCUCUGACGAUGACAAGCAGCGUUUGCAGCUGGACCGUCAGACUGGAGAUUUACUUCUGAGGGGGAAACUAGACCGGGAGGAGCUAUGUGGCCCUAUUGAACCGUGUGUGCUGCAUUUUCAAGUGUUCCUAGAAACACCUGUGCAAUUUUUUCAAGGAGAAUUAUUGAUCCAGGACAUAAAUGACCACUCUCCAGUAUUCUCUGAUAGGGAAAUGCUCUUGAAUAUCUUGGAGAACAGUCGGCCAGGGACUCUGUUUCCAUUGAAAUCAGCUCAGGAUUUGGAUGUGGGCAGCAAUAGUCUUCAAAAAUACACAAUUAGUCCCAAUUCUCAUUUUCAUGUUCUCACUCAGAAUCAUAGUGAGGGCAAGAAAUACCCAGAUUUGGUGCAGGACAAAGCGCUGGAUCGAGAGGAGCAGCAUGAGUUGAGUUUAACUCUCAUAGCGUUGGAUGGUGGGUCUCCACCAAGGUCUGGUACUGUCAUGGUCCGAAUCCUGAUCAUAGAUGUCAAUGACAAUGCCCCCGAGUUUGUGAACACACCAUAUGAAGUGCAGGUCCUGGAAAAUAGUCCACUGGACUUCCCAAUAAUUAGAGUCUUGGCUAGGGAUGCAGAUGCUGGAAAAUUUGGAAGCGUUUCCUACAACUUGUUCCAAGCAUCAGAUGAAAUUAAACAAACUUUCUCAAUAAAUGAAGUCACAGGAGAAAUCCGACUGACCAAAAAAUUGGAUUUUGAGAAAAUUAACUCUUACCAUGUGGAAAUUGAGGCUACAGAUGGAGGGGGCCUUUCCGGGAAAGGCACUGUGGUCAUAGAGGUGGUGGACGUGAACGACAAUGCCCCGGAGCUGACCAUAUCUUCACUCACCAGCUCCAUCCCAGAGAAUGCUCCUGAGACAGUAGUCUCUAUUUUCAGAAUUCGAGAUAGAGAUUCCGGAGAUAAUGGAAAGAUGAUUUGCUCUAUUCCAAGUAACUUGCCAUUCAUUCUAAAACCAACUUUCAAGAAUUUCUACACCCUGUUAACAGAGAGUCCGUUGGACAGAGAGCAAACAAAUCAGUACAACAUCACCAUCAGUGUCACUGACCUGGGUACCCCCAGACUGAAAACCGAACACGAGAUAACCGUAUUGGUAUCAGACGUCAAUGACAACGCGCCCACCUUCACCCAAAACGUAUACACUUUGUUCAUCCGCGAGAACAACAGCCCCGCCCUGCACAUCGGCAGCGUCAGCGCCACAGACAGAGACUCGGGCACCAACGCACAAGUCACCUACUCUCUACUGCCGUCCCAGGACCCUCACUUCCCUCUUGCCUCCUUGGUUUCCAUCAACUCAGACAACGGGCACAUGUUCGCUCUGAGGUCGCUGGAUUAUGAGACGCUGCGAGGGUUCGAGUUCCGCGUGGGCGCGGCAGACGCAGGCUCCCCGGCGCUGAGCAGCGAGGCGCUGGUGCGCGUGGUGGUCGUCGACGACAACGACAACUCGCCCUUUGUGCUGUACCCGCUGCACAACGGCUCUGCGCCCUGCACGGAGCUGGUACCCAGAGCAGCGGAGGCUGGCUACCUGGUGACCAAGGUGGUGGCAGUAGAUGGUGACACAGGCCAGAACGCCUGGCUGUCCUACCAGCUGCUCAAGGCCACGGAGCCCGGGCUGUUCAGCGUGUGGGCGCACAAUGGCGAGGUGCGCACCGCCAGGCUGCUGAGCGAGCGCGACGCGGCCAAACACAGACUCGUCGUGCUGGUGAAGGACAAUGGCGACCCGCCAAUGUCGACCACCGUUACGCUGCACGUGCUCCUGGUGGACGGCUUCUCGCAGCCCUACCUUCCGCUCCUGGAAGUGGCACCGGAUGAAGUGGCGGACUCGCUCACUAUCUACUUGGUCAUUGCAUUGGCGUCUGUCUCGUCGCUCUUCCUGUUGUCGGUGCUGCUGUUCGUCGCUGUGCGGCUGUGCAGGAGGAACAGGGCUGCUUCUCUGGGUCGCUGCUCAGUGCCCGAGGGCCACUUUUCUGGCCACUUGGUGGACGUUAGCGGCAGCGGAACCUUGUCUCAGAGCUACCAGUACGAAGUAUGCAUGACGGGGGAUUCUAGGACUGGUGAGUUCAAAUUUCUGAAGCCCAUAAUCCCCAACCUCUUGGUAUCAAAUACUGGGAGAAAAGUGAACGGAAACUGUAGGAAUAGCUUUGUAUGCAGUUAA